AUGCAUCCAAACAAUCCUCAUGCCCCAACCAUUCACAUGAACUAUCGAUAUUUUGAAAUUGAUAAUGACGAUGGAACAGCGAAGUUAUGGUGGUUUGGCGGGGGUUCUGAUCUAACCCCUUCAUAUCUGUAUGAAGAAGAUGCUGUUCAUUUCCAUCAGACCAUAAAAGACGCAUGUGACAAGCACGAUCCCAACUAUUAUCCUAAAUUCAAGAAAUGGUGUGAUGACUACUUUUUCUUAAAGCAUCGCGGGGAAGCUCGUGGAGUAGGGGGUAUAUUUUUCGAUGAUUUGAGCGAAAAGCCAGCAGAGGAAAUAUUUGCGUUCGUCAAACAGUGCGGAAAUUCAUUCCUACCUUCAUAUGUUCCGUUGAUUAAACGGAGAAAAGACACUGUUUUCACAGAGAAGGAAAAGGAAUGGCAACAAUUAAGGAGAGGCAGAUAUGUUGAAUUCAAUCUUAUAUGGGAUCGUGGAACUAAAUUUGGUUUACAAACUCCUGGAUCGAGAAUUGAGAGUAUCUUUGUGUCAUUACCCUUAACCGCUCGAUGGGAAUAUAUGCAUACACCUAAAAAAGGUAGUCGCGAAGAAAAAUUGUUAGAAGUCUUAAAAAACCCACGCGAUUGGGC